UUCUCCACCCAUUGCUGUAUUAACAGACAGUUUCAAAAUCUCUUUCGUCAGCACCGUCCUCGUGUGCCUUUACUUCAUUCUUCGCUCAGCCGCGUCAGGACCAGCAUCGUUAUUCCUUAAUUUCUAAAUAUUUGACUUAUAAUUCUUCAAAAAUGUUCUGGGGUCUGAUUAUUGAGCCGGGCAAGAAGUACUCUCAAACUGUUGAUAACUCAUUUCACAUCUCUAAAGCCACACUUGAUUUAAGCUCAGCCACUGAUGAAGAUAUCACCCUUCUGCUAGACUAUGAAGGCCAACAAGAAUACAUUUUGUGCCAUCUCAACAAAACCAACAAGCAAGAAAGUCUUGACUUAAACUUCCAAGCUGGGGACAGUAUUUCACUCUUUUCUCAUGGCCAAGCAUCUCUUCAUCUUUCAGGAUACCUCUUGGGUGAUGAUGAAGAUGAUGAUGAUAUGACUUUGGGUGAAAUGAUGGAAGAGGAAGAGGAGGAAGAAGAAGGUGAAGAUGAAGAGAUGGAUGAAAAGGAUCUCCGUGCAACCCUUCAGGCCAAGGCUGUUAAACGACCUCAACCUGAAAAAACCAAUGGCAAGUCUCAAAAGAAGGCAAAAGUUGAAGUUGAAGAGGAAGAGGAAGAAGCUGAAGAAGAAGAAGAAUCUAAGCAGGCUCCACCUAAGCAAUUGUCCAAGAAACAAAAGAAGAUGGAGAAGAAGGCUCAACAGCAACAGUCACCAAAACCAGCAGCCCCUCAACCCCAAAAGAAGAAAGAAGGUGAAAAACCUGCUGAUAAGCAGCCAAAAGUAGAAGCACCCAAAUCGCCAGCGAAGAAAACACUACCGGGAGGUCUUGUCGUCGAAGAUUUGAAAACUGGAAACGGGCCUGAAUCCAAAAAAGGAGAUUUGGUGGCUGUUUAUUAUAGUGGUAAAUUGGCGAAGAAUGGAAAGCAAUUCGAUCAGAGCAAUAAGGGUCCGGGAUUCAAAUUCAAACUUGGACAAGGCCAAGUUAUCAAGGGCUGGGAUUUGGGCGUUGCUGGAAUGAAAGUUGGUGGAAAGAGGAAGUUGACUAUUCCUGCUGCGCUUGCUUACGGUGCUGGAGGUGCUCCGCCGCAGAUUCCUCCCCACAGCACGCUAGUAUUUGAUGUUGAACUGAGGGCUCUUAACUAAACUAAUCUGCUAAAUCGUACGUUGAAUACUGCUUGCCACCAUCUGAAUUGAUUUGUUUGUUUCGUUAUCAGAAUUUUGCAUAACCUCAUCGUAUCGAACUGUCAAACAUCCUUCACAGAAUAGACAUUGACGAACCCUUGAA